CGCUAAUAAUAGGUUAGGCCUACAAAAUAAAUGAAACAAGAUGGCUGAUAUACUUGAUAUAGCAAAUGAGCAUGGUUGGAUCUGAUGAAAACAUCGCUAGUCUUCAUGUUGAAAAGUUUAAAUUAAAUUGUUUAAAAACAGUUUUUUCUGCAAUAAUUCAUCAAUCUAAAGCUAUGGAAAACACAAAGGACACUAAUGGUAUAGUUUGGGAGUGUUCAAAUAUGGUUAAACAGGAAUUGAGUGACGAAAUCAUAACAUUUAUGGACAUGAAAUCAGAUGAAACAUCAGCUAUUUCAAAUUCAGAAGGAGUACAAACAAAUAUAUCAAAACUCUUUUCAAAUUCUGAAGAUAUAAAGCAAAAUGUAUCAACACAAUUUUCAACUGUUAAAGACAAAUACUUGGAGGAAACAAUGCCAUUUUUAGCUUUAGAAUAUAAAAAUCUUGAUAAAACAAAGCCUUUGUUUAAUUUAGAAGAGAUGAAACAAGAUAACCCAACAUCAUUUUCAUCUUCUGAAGACAUGAAACCAAAUAUAUCAACAGCAUUUUCAAUUUUUGAAGAUAUAAAACCUGAGAUAUUAACAAUUUCAUCUUUGGAGAAUGAACAACGAAAUGGUUUCAAAGCACAGCAACAACUUUCUUCCCCACCAGAUUCAACUGAUUUUAAAGAAAAUUUAGCAGUUUUAAAAUCAGAUCUUCAAAAUGAAUUAAAACAACUCAAGUUAUUGCAUGCAAAAUUGAAUGAUAAUCUCCCAACAGAAUAUCAGAUCAAUGAUAAGGGACUGAAGACAUACAAGUGUGAUAUGUGUUGUCAAAGAUUUUUCCAUUUUGAUCAUGUUAAACAACACAUAAACAUUCACACAAGGGUGAAUCCAUAUGGUCAUGAUUUUCAUCAGCAAGAAGUUGUUAUGAUCAGUCAGGGUGAACAGAUUAACAAAAUAAACCUACAACAGGUAUACAAUAAGUCUAGUUUGUCUAAAAAGUUCACCACAAAGUCUAGUUUAUCUACACACACAAAUAUUUAUUCUGGAAUUAAUAAGCCAUAUGAAUGUGCUGUGUGUAAUAAGAAAUAUCAUAUUAAAAAUCAUUUAGCAAAACAUAUAAAGAUACAUUUAGGAGAAAGACCAUAUGAAUGUGAUGUGUGUCACAAAAAAUUUAGUCAAAAGGGUCAUCUAUCAGAACAUAAAAAUAUUCAUUUACCAGAGAGACCAUAUGAAUGUGAUGUGUGUCACAAAAAAUUUAGUCAAAAAAAAAAUCUAUCACAACAUAAAAAAAUUCAUUUACCAGAGAGGCCAUAUAAAUGUGAUGUGUGUCACAAAAAAUUUAGUCAUGAAGGUAAUUUAUCUAAACAUAAAAAUAUUCAUUUACCAGAGAGACCAUAUGAAUGUGAUGUGUGUCACAAAAAAUUUAAUCAUAAAAGACAUUUAUCAGAACAUAAAAUGAUUCAUUUACCAGAGAGACCAUAUGAAUGUGAUGUGUGUCAUAAAAAAUUUAGUUGUAAAAGUAAUUUAUCUAUACAUAAAAAUAUUCAUUUACCAGAGAGACCAUAUGAAUGUGAUGUGUGUCACAAAAAAUUUAGUCAAAAGGGUCAUCUAUCAGAACAUAAAAAUAUACAUUUACCAGAGAGACCAUAUGAAUGUGAGGUGUGUCACAAAAAAUUUAAUCAUAAAAGACAUUUAUCAGAACAUAAAAAUAUACAUUUACCAGAGAGACCAUAUGAAUGUGAGGUGUGUCACAAAAAAUUUAAUCAUAAAAGACAUUUAUCAGAACAUAAAAUGAUUCAUUUACCAGAGAGACCAUAUGAAUGUGAUGUGUGUCAUAAAAAAUUUAGUUGUAAAAGUAAUUUAUCUAUACAUAAAAAUAUUCAUUUACCAGAGAGACCAUAUGAAUGUGAUGUGUGUCAUAAAAAAUUUAGUCAUAAAUGUAAUCUAUCAGACCAUAAAAAUAUUCAUUUACCAGAUAGACCACAUGAAUGUGAUGUGUGUCAUAAAAAAUUUAGUCUUAAAGGUGAUUUAUCUAAACAUAAAAUAAAUGUUCAUUCAAGUCUCGAGCCACAUGAAUGUGAUGUUUGUCAUAAAAGUUUUGCCCUUAAAUCUAGAUUAUCCAUACAUAAAAAUAUUCAUUUACCAGAGAGACCAUAUGAAUGUGAUGUGUGCCAUAAAAAAUUUAGUCAGAAAGGUCAUUUAUCAAAACAUAAAAUAGCUAAACAUUUAGGAGAAAGACCAUAUGAAUGUGAUGUGUGCCAUAAAAAUUUUAGUCAGAAAUAUCAUUUAUCAGAACAUAAAAUAACUAUUCAUUCAAGUCUCAAGCCACAUGAAUGUGAUGUUUGUCAUAAAUGUUUUGCCCUUAAAUCUAGAUUAUCUAAACAUAAAAAUAUUCAUUUACCUGAGAGACCAUAUGAAUGUGAUGUGUGUCACAAAAAAUUUAAGGAUAAAAGACAGUUAUCACAACAUAAAAUGAUUCAUUUACCAGAUAGAUUAUAUGAAUGUGAUGUGUGUCACAAAAAAUUUAGUCAAAAGGGUAAUCUAUCAGAACAUAAAAAUAUUCAUUUACCAGAGAGACCAUAUGAAUGUGAUGUGUGUCACAAAAAAUUUAAUUAUAAAAGACGUUUAUCAGAACAUAAAAUGAUUCAUUUACCAGAUAGUUGAGAUAGAUUAUAUGAAUGUGAUGUGUGUCACAAAAAAUUUAAUUAUAAAAGACGUUUAUCAGAGCAUAAAAUGAUUCAUUUACCAGAUUGAGUGAUGUGUGUCACAAAAAAUUUAAUCAUGAAGUUAGUUUAUCUACACAUAAAAAAAUUCAUUUACCAGAAAGACCAUAUGAAUGUGAUGCAGGGGCGGAACUACAGUGCCGCCAGACCCCGCAAUGCAGGGGGGGGGGGCCCACAGCCGCCCAUAAUCAUUGUUUUUUAUAGUUAAAAUUAAUUUUCUUGCAUUUUUGACUUGAUGGUUUUUUUUUGAAAAAAGAAUACUAUAGCUGCGGUUGGAGUAUCUUUAUUCUAUAGACACCAUCCCACGCUCUUGUAUAUUCUUUUUCCUACAAUCAAAUACACGCUGUUGUCGGCAAAAUUCUUUUGAAAAAACAUCAAUUGCGCGAGAGGCCGCUAGAUAUUAAGACGGCUUAUUGAGACCAUCCCAAAUUUGGUACUGAUGGAUAAAAGCACAUCGUCUCUUCGUUGGCCCUUUUAAGUCCCUUUCUCAGACCUCCCCUCCCGCUCUUAGCCUUACAAGAAGCGAAUAGAUAGCGCCUCAACAACUAAGCUGGCUCGUAUCGGUGGUAGUGUAGACAAACUAACGCUUCAACAACUAAUAUCCAAGAAAUAAAGUGCCGACAUUGUUUACGUUUAAUAACCACUGUUCUAGAAAACAAGGCAAACGUCUCAAAUAAAUACACGAAUGAUAGCGUGUUCGUCACUGGCACCUUGAUAGUGGUUUUGUAAAUAACAAACAGAUGACAGAUCUAAUACUGUAGUGAUGUUAUAUAGUAGCUAAGACGUGCUGUUGCGUAAAAAAUUUUUUUUUAAAAAUACACAUUAUCAUUAGCUGUAGUGUGAAAGAUAGGCAAACGCUCAAACCACUUCCAUAAAUUAUUUCUCUUUUUCAAAUAGUCAAAUAGGGUUGCUCGAAAGCUCUUUUUAAUAGAUUUGUAAUAAUCAAAUUAAACAGCAAUUACUGGUCUUAUUAUUUUCUUUAAAAAAGUACUAAAGAAUGGUAUAGUACGAAAAUGAAACGUAGUUAAAAUUAAUAAUAUAAAUACAAAAAAAAAAAUAAACAUAACACGAGACACCAUUACUUAUACAAAGCUUCAUGAUUGAUAUACUUUUGACCGACUUAGUGAUUAGAAGUAUUAAACAUAUAUGAAAACAGAGAUUUUCAAAACAGACCAAUACACUCAUACACAUAACAUGUUGUGAUUAGAUUUAAUUAAAUUUUUUUUCCAAAACCCGAUCAGGCCAGAAAGGAGUAUCCUGUGUUCGUAUUGUGUUUAUAUAUAAAUAUAUAUAUAUAUAUAUAUGGGGGGGGGGAGGCCCAUUUUUUCUAGUUCCGCCACUGAUGUCAUGUGUGUCAUAAAAAAUUCAAUCAUAAAAGACAUUUAUCAGAACAUAAAAUGAUUCAUUUACCAGAUAGAUUAUACGAACGUGAUGUGUGUCACAAAAAAUUUAAUCAUAAAGGGGAUUUAUCUAAACAUAAAAAUAUUCAUUUACCAGAGACCAUAUGAAUGUGGCAUUUGUCAUAAAAGGUUUGCUCGUAAGUCUGGUUUAUCUACACACACAAAAUCUCACUCAGGACUUAAGCCACCUGAAUGUGUUGCUGAUGCUGGUCAUUAAAUUCUCUUUCACAAGGGUCUUUAAUUAUCUGUAUAUAAAACUAUUGCUUUUGUACUAAUACCACAUUGUGGAGGCUAAAUACACACUAUUAAUGUUUGUCAUACAGGAUCAGAGUUUCUUCCUGGCAUCUCUACCCCCCCCCCUUCCCCGGAAAAAAACUCUGGAAGAAACACUGUACAGGAUAUAAUACUCUUCAUAGUAUUAUUUGUCAUACAAAGUAUUGCUAAUGAUUAAUAUGUUAUCUAGACAUUUCAUUUUGAAGAUAAGUAAAAUGAAUGUAUUAUUUGUUACUAAUGUUUUUAAAUUGUGUGCGUGUAUAUUGUAAACAUGAAAUUCAAACAAUGUUAAAAAAGUUAAUUAAAAAUCAUUUAACAUAUGUUUUAAAUAUUCACACAAAGGAAGAAACACUUCAUGGAAAGAAUGGAUGUCAUGAGUCUCCAUAGCACAUUUAUCAUCUUGUACUAGGUGUUAUAGCUAGCUUUGUUUAGGUUUUUUGGAAAUAUGAUGCCUAAAUUCUUACCCUUUACAUUACCCAUACAAUAAUUAAUGCUAACCACUAAUAGACACCAACAAUGUACAAUUAUAAUUUGAAUCAUUGAAGUAAUAUUUACUCACAAUUUUUCUAUAUUGAAUAUUCCAUUUUAUGUAAUUCUAAAUUUUGUAUAAAUAAUUAUAUAACCCAUUAAGUUAAUCAUAAUUAUGAUAAUUGAAGUGAGCAACAAAAUGUAUUAAUUAAUAUA